AAGAAGGUUAGGUCGCCUAUCUGCGUGGAACUACUAUUCCCAGAAUGCAAUUGCUGGUCUUUGUUUCCGGAAAACAUCCGCUCAGAAUGGACACACAUGAACUCAAAAGGGUUGGAGAGGGAGAUGCGGAGAAACACGAAUCGGAUGAGAACAACGUUUGUUCACUCACUCUGGGUCCGGGGUUGAUGUUGGAUGGUUCCACGGUAGCCUCUCGUUUUCUGCACGUAGAGUUGGAGCUGAAUGUUCACCUUCGCCGGCUGUCGUUCAGUGAGCCGGUGCACUACAUCUACAACCCGCUGGAGUAUGCCUGGGAACCGCACCGCUGCUUCGUUGAGACGUACUGUCGCGGCGGACAGAGUAUUCUCUUCCUGGGGAUGAACCCGGGACCCUUCGGCAUGGCUCAGACCGGGGUACCCUUUGGUGAGGUAAACUAUGUCCGUGAUUGGCUGAAAAUCACUGGGGAGGUUGGACAUCCCCCUUCGGAGCACCCAAAGCGACUAAUCAAAGGCCUGGCCUGCAUUCAGAGCGAAGUGAGUGGCGCCCGUUUCUGGGGCUUCUUCCGCAAGCUGUGUGGUGAGCCAGAUGUGUUCUUCCGCCAUUUUUUCGUACAUAACCUGUGCCCACUUAUGUUCAUGGGUACCACCGGCAAGAACUUAACACCCCCCGAGCUGGUCAUUGGGGAACGUGAGGCCCUCCUGGCUCUCUGUGACAUGGCACUGUGCCAGGCUGUGGCUGCCCUUGGCGUCACCAUGGUGAUUGGGGUUGGCAGAGUGGCAGAGCAGCGAGCGCGGCGAGCCCUCUCUGCGGCGGGCAUGGAGGUACGGGUGGAGGGCAUCAUGCACCCAUCCCCCAGGAACCCGUUGGCCAAUAAGGGCUGGGAGGCAGUAGCCAAGGCCAAGCUGGAGGAACUGGGUGUCCUAUCCCUGCUGACCAUGUGACCUCUAGCUAAUCAGCCUCCAUGAGCGAAUACUGUAUUUGCUGUAUGCUGGCCUGGGGGGUAUAAGUUGUCCGCUGGCACAGAUCUAGGGUCAGUUUACCCUUCCCAAAUCCUGA